UUUUUUUUUUUUGUUUUGUUUUCUAAACAGAAACAAUUUGCUACAGUUGAUAGAUAUAACUAUAUAUUUUUUGUUCAUUAAUUCAAAUGGCUGCUGCAGGUUAUCAACGUCUAGAUAUUGAACCAAAAGAAAAUAUUCAAUUAAGUGAAUUGGUAAAUGAUGAUCGCAGACCUUUGUUAAAUACUACAACUUCGCAAGCUACUUUAUCGUCAUCCGGUUCAAUUACACAAUUAACAAAACAAUGUACUCUAUACACUGAAGAUUAUGAUGAGCAACAUGCAACUGCAACAUCUAUGAGUUGUAUCAUUAAUUUAUCAAAUACUAUUUUAGGAACAGGUAUGCUUGCAAUGCCUUCAGCAAUGGCAUCUGUAGGCCUUUUGCCUGGAAUAUUUUUAAUUUUGUUUUCAGCACUUGCAUCAGGUACUGGAUUAUAUUUUUUAUCUCAAUGUGCUGCUCGUACAGAAGGUCAACGCCAUUCAUCCUUCUUUGCUGUAUCCAAAUUAACUUGGCCUAAAAUCGGCGUUUUAUUUGAUUUUGCAAUUGCCAUCAAGUGUUUCGGUGUAGCCGUGUCUUAUUUAAUCAUCAUAGGUGAUCUAAUGCCACAAGUUAUUACUCCAUUUUACACGCACGAAGAUGGAGCUUAUUUCUUAACUGAUCGUCGUUUUUGGAUUACUGUAUACAUGCUAACGUUAGUUUUGCCUUUAAGUUUCUUGAGAAAGCUGGACUCUCUCAAAUAUACAAGUUUAAUAGCUCUAGUGGCGGUAAUCUAUCUUUGUGUCAUUGUUAUUUAUCAUUACUUUUCUCCUAUUUUCUCUCCAUUACCAAAGGACUCAAUUGACUUGAUAAGUAUCAAUACUAAAAUUUUGGGUCAAUUACCUUUAUUUGUUUUUGCUUUUACAUGCCAUCAAAAUAUUUUUACAGUGUAUAAUGAACUAAAAGAUAAUAGUAAAAAAGGAAUAUCAAAAGUGAUUAUUAUGUCUAUCGGUAGUUCUGCAUUCAUUUAUGAAGCAAUUGCUAUCAUAGGGUAUUUAAGCUUCGGUAAAAACGUUCGAGGAAAUAUUAUUAUGGAAUAUCCAUCUAGUUAUUUCGUUGCAGGAGGUCAAUUUGCCAUUGUUAUGCUUGUUGUAUUUGGUUACCCUCUUCAAGCGUAUCCUUGUAGAGAAUCGUUAGACAAAGUAAUCUCUUGGUGUUCAUCUAAUUUAUCAUCAAAAGAAAAUCAUCGAACCACAGCCUAUUCAUCUGCAUUCAAGUACUUUGCCAUGACAACGACAAUUUUGAUAUGCAGUUACAUAGUCGCUAUCUGUGUUACUCAACUUGAUUUGGUUUUGUCUUUUGUAGGUUCCACAGGUUCAACCACUAUUUCAUUCAUCUUGCCUGGUUUAUUUUAUUAUAAAAUUCACGAAAAUGAUCCUUGGAAACCAGGAAAAAUUAUCUCUGUAUUCCUUGCUUUGUACGGAAUCUUUGUUAUGACAGUUUGCUUACUUUUCAAUGUUACACGCUUACGAGUUUCUAAUAAUAUUGUGUGAUAGUCAAGAAACAAUGAUCUAUCAUAUUCUAAAGUAGAAUAAAAAAAUAAAAUAAAGGGAGAAAUCUGUAUUAUUAUUUAAGUCAAUUCAUUUAGGGCUUUAUUAUCUGGAUGGAUUUUUCAUUAUACACGUAAACAAUCAUAAUGGUGUAGAUUUGUCAUUUAUUUUAAAUUGAUAAUAAAG